AUGUAAAUUUUAUUGCUUUGUGUACCCUUAUUAAUUUUUGGGUAAAAAGUGAGGAUUUAUAUAUAAGAUGAAGAUGAUGAAUAUUUAGUUUAUGAGAACAAUAAAGUUUCAUUUGAAUUCCUUCCUGAUAAUUUAAAUUAAGGAAUGACAUGCAAACCACCUAAAUCUUUUGGUAUCUUGGGUACUAAUGAUGUAAUUAGAAUAUCAAAUUAAACUUUGAGAAUAGAAAAUGAUGAUAUUAUAUCAUACAAUGUCUUUGUUUAACAAAUAAAUGAAAAAAGUACAAAUAUGUAUUUUUAUAUAUUUAUAAAGAGAAACCUAUAAACUUAAGUAAUUUCAGAUGAUGAUAAACUUAGACCUAAAACUUAGAUCCUAUUUAGACUAUCAUAGAAAUGUCCAUCAAAAGAUCAUCUUACAUCUCAGAAUUAUUGGACACCUAUUAAAGUCUAAGUUGGUUUUAAUGAAAUGAGUCAGGAGAAUUAUUAAUUAAUAGAAUUUGCAAUGAUAUUUUCAUGUGACAAAUCAUUUAGAGAUCUAACAUUUGAUUGGAGUCUUCCUAUAUUACUAAUUAUAUCAACUAUUUUGAUUGCUUUUUUAGCUAAAUAUACAAGAAUUCUUUCAUUUAGAUGGAAGAGAAAGGGAUAAGAUUUUUAAGGAUUUGAGAUCAAUUAUUUGAUUAUUGUGAUCUAUAUACUUUUAUAUGCAGGUGGAGGCAUGAUUGUAUUAGUAACAGAUUUUUUAGAUUUCAUUAGAUAUUUAUUUAUUGUCAUAGCUUGUACAAUAGGCACACUUGCAAUAUUCUUUGUAUCUGCUGAGGUAAUUAAAUUAUAUAAUUAUUUUAGUUUGCCUGUCUAUUGAAAGCAAACUCAUUUGUGAGAAAAUAUUAUAUAGUUUUUUCAUCAAUCAUUUCUUUAUUAAUUGGGAUGCCUUAUUAUUUUUUAAAGCCAUGGUACUUGAAUGACAUCAUUUCAUUAGCAUUUAUAGUUCUUAUUGUGAAGUUAUUCAGACUAAAGAACUUUAAGUUUGCAUCUUUCUUAAUGGUAUCAAAUGUUGUAUUAGAUUCAACAUUCGCCUUAAUAAUUCAUUAUACUUAAGUUGAAUCUUACAAUACUACUGUAUUAUAAUAUUUGAAUUGCCCUUUAGAAUUGCAAUUCCCUUUAAUUAAAUUGUAAUAUAAUAAAAAUUGUGCUUGGAUUUCCUUAUUUAGUCAAGCUAUACCAGGACUUCUUUUAAGUUUAGCUUAUAGAAUAGAUAAAAGUAAAAGAACUUUCACUUAUGGUCUGUAAGGUUUUUGUUCAUUGAUAAUUGCAGAAGGUUUUUGGAUUUUAGCAACAGUAUCUGUGAAACAUUCAAUACCUGAAACUCUAUUUACUUAUCCAAUAUUAUUAGGAACUUUAACAAUAAAUUCACUUAGAAGAGCAGAAUUUAAUUCUUUUUGGUUUGGAGAUUAUUUAAUUGAUGAAAGCUAUUAAAGAAUAAGAGGAGAAAGUUUAAUUGAUUAUAGAAUUCCUGACUUACAAAUUAAUGUGGAUAAUAUUCCUGAAAGCAAAGUUUAACCAACAGAUUUGUGA